AAACUGUCUACAAAAAUAACCUGUGGGUUUUAUUGUCAAUCACCCAGUGGAUUAACCUUCUCUACUAUUUUUAUUGGAUACAUGUAAUUAUACCAUUCAUCUAGCUGUAUUCACAGCUUCGAGGACAUGCACAAUAAAUCCAGUUAGCAAUAUGGCAGAAUUAAGAUUGACAAAGCCAGCACCAGAGUUCAAAGGCCAGGCAGUGGUGGAUGGAGAGUUCAAGGAUAUUUCCCUGGCCAACUACAAAGGGAAAUACUUGGUCUUAUUCUUCUACCCACUAGAUUUCACCUUUGUCUGUCCAACAGAAAUCAUAGCUUUCAGUGAUCGGGUGGAAGAAUUCCGUGCAAUUAACUGUGAAGUCGUGGCCUGCUCCACAGAUAGUGUGUUUUCCCACUUAGCUUGGACCAACACUCCAAGAAAACAGGGAGGAUUAGGAAACAUGAAAAUUCCAUUACUUGCGGACAAGACAAUGGAGAUCAGCCGAGCAUAUGGAGUGCUGAAGGAAGAUGAUGGAAUUUCAUUUAGAGGACUUUUCAUUAUUGAUGACAAAGGCAAUCUCCGCCAGAUCACCAUGAAUGACCUCCCUGUAGGAAGAUCUGUUGAUGAAACACUGAGGCUUGUGCAGGCCUUCCAGUUCACUGACAAACACGGAGAAGUCUGCCCUGCUGGAUGGAAGCCUGGAGCAGACACAAUCCGUCCCAAUGUAAAGGACAGCCAAAAGUACUUCCAAAAACAGAAAUAGAAGGGACAGAAACUCACCUACUCAAUUCAGUGGAGUCUCCUAAGCCAUCACCUCAUCACAACAACUAGCAAGGGACAAAACUCCUUCACAUAGACCAUGCCACAGUUCAGCUUUUUGUUUUUCAGUGUUGCUUAUAUGCUGCUAAUUAAUAGCAAACUUUUAGUACUGUUGAGAUUGUACAUGUACUGUUGUUUCAAUUUUUUUUUUAUUAAUAUACAAUAGUGGUUGGAGGAUUUUUGUUAGUGAGGAUGUAGUCUGAUUAAGAAUAUGAAAACUGUGUACUAAUAUUGUGUCCCAUUUUUGCAAUAAAUUUUAUACUCUUA